AUGUGGCUGAGGCGAAAGGUUGGGCUGGUGGUUUUGUUGGGUAAGUUAGGCUAAUUUAGUUUUUUGAUAAAGUUUAUAGCAAAAAGUAAAAUUUUGGUUAGAAUUAGGUUAAAAUUGGUUUUGAUAACUUGGUAACGUAAGAACUGUCUUUACAAACUCAAAAAUGGCAAGAACUUUCUUUACAGAGCCUGGAAUGGCCAUAACUUUCUUAGCAAAACAUAAAUGACAAGAACUUUCUUGACAAAACGUAUAAUGACAAGAACUUUCUUUACCGUUCUUGAAGUGGCAAUAACUUUGUUUAUAAAACCAAGAAUGGCAAGAACUUUGUUUACAAAACAUAAAAUGGCAAGAACUUUCUUUACAGAAUGAAAAAUGGCAAUAACUUUCAUUGCAGUGCAAAAAAUGGCAUGAAUUUUAUUUACAAGGCUUGAAAUACCAAGAACUUUCUAUACAGAAGAUAGAAGAAACUAUAAGUCAUAAAAUGACCAGAACUUUCUUUACAGGUCAAAAAAGACAAUAACUUCUUUUAUAAAAUCAAACUCGACAAGAAUUUUGUAACUAAAGUUCUUGCUAUUUUUCAGUUUGUAAAGAAAGUUUAUGCCAUAUUGUUUUUUAAAAAUUCAAAAUGGCAAAAACUUUUGUGUCAAUAAAAGAUUUACUAAAAUAUUUUAAAAACCAUUCAGGUUUAGUUGUGGGAACAAUCUUAGUUGUACUAUCCCCAAAUGACAACCUUUACUACACUCAAGAGCCAGAAAAAGUGCUGCCAGGCCUUAAAAUCGACAACAGAUCCGCCCCCUUCUUUGGGUACGGCGAUUUGAAACAUUUGAGCAUGAACGAAUUCGAACAAGCCCUACAGUACGACGUUGUCAACUUGACCAUGUUAGACUAUAACGCAUCGUAUUUGAUACAACGACCGGCUGAAAACGUGUGUAAUGGGGUUGAUAUGGUGGUUUAUGUUAUGACAAUGGCUAAUGAAAAGUCAUAUCAACAAAGGCAGGCUAUACGAAGGUUGGUCAAGGAUCAGGUAAGGGUUUUAGAGGGUAGGGCUGAAAGGGUAGGGUAGGGUAGAAUACUAAAGGUACUUUACGUUCAAAAUAAAAAUAUUAUUGUAGAGCUUUGGCGGCACAAUAAUAGUUCGUUUCUUCUUCGGCAAGCUAGACGACAUUCGACUAGACCUGAUAGCUCAAGAAUACCAAGAUUACAACGAUCUUGUCUAUUACAACAUAGUCGAUUAUUACCGAGACAACUUUAUAAAAUGGCACUCUAUGAACAUUUGGCACAUGUCCUACUGUUCCAACGUACCUUAUUACCUAAAACUUGACGACGACACUAGUGUGUCCUUCACUCGACUAUUCCAUUGGCUGGACAAAGACUUUGACGGCAAGACCAAAGACCUGAACGAAUACUUUAUUUGUCCUCAAAUGAGCGGCUUUCGACCGGUCAGAGACAAAAACAAUGAACGAUGGUACAUUUCGCACGAGGAGUGGCCACAAAAGUAUUGGCCCACCUAUUGUUAUGGCUAUUUUGUAUUUACUACAAACUAUACGAUCGACGCCUUGUUGAGGGUUACGCCGGAAACAAAGUUAUUGCACAUGGACGACGUGAUGUUCACGGGCGUGAUGAGGGAAAAGGCCAACGUUCCGGUGAUUCAUUGGAGUGGUGUUGUGCCAUCGGUAAGGAAAGAGGAAAGCUAUAAUACAAAGCGGCAUAACUAGACAAAUGAUGGGUCAAAACGGGUUACUAUGAUACAUGGCAUGUCAAACUAAGUGUUUUUGAUACAGCAUUGACUAAGAAAUCGUUACCUAUUAGCUGAUUUUAAAAUUUUAUGAUUUUUUUAGGUUUAGACGUAUUUACAGAUUCAGAACUUCAUUUCGUUAUAACCUAAAACGAGCUUUCACAACAAUCCAAAAUCUGUUAUAUAUAGGCUUCUGAAAAUGCUCUACGUUUUUGUAAUUGACAACUUUUUGGUUAGAUUACUGUAACAUGCUGUAUUCGAAUUUUGACACUAACAUCACCUGGCCUUUAGCAUUUUUAAAAUUUUUAAAGCCAUUUUUGAACAAAAAUUAUGUAAAAAACAAACUUUAUAUAAAUUAAAAAUAAAAUGAAAUUUAAUUUCAGUUAAGCCAAAACCGUGACUGCGGCUCAGAUGGCACUCCAAUUCGUAUAGCAGUCCACAAUGCCAAAUCGCCCCUGAGGUGGCGAUUCGAUUAUCGACGAAUAGAGCGUGCUUAUUGUAAUAAACAUUAA